AAGGGAAGAGCAGCAAAUGUAAGGCACCGUGGGGACAUACAGUACAGGCACUCGCGACCACACUCUCCCAUGGAGAUGCAUAAAAAGCGCAAAUACCAUCACCAGGAUCACUAUGCGGUUGCAGAUGGGAUAGAUGAGGUGACUGUCCUCAGCGAAGAAGAGGAGGAUGGUGAGUACGAAGACACUGUUAUCAGCCAUGAUGAGAGGAAAGGCUCCAAUGAGAGAAAGUCAGAUGAAGAUAGAAAGAAGAAGAAGAAGAGAAGAAAAGAAGUCGAUGAUACAGUGAAGGAGGAGCCCAGAAUGGAGCAGUCCGACACAGCGGGGAGUGGCUCGUCUGACAGCGAAUCGGAUUCGGAGAGGGUACGCUCACCAACACCCCCUCAGAGGAACCAGUACCAUUCCGAUAGUACCAGUAGUGAAACAGAAGUCGAAGAGGAAGUGAAGAAGGAGGAGGAUGUCAUGGAAGCAAAAGAUACAGCUGCCGACCAGUUGUCAGUGUCAGGGAGUGGAUCAGCAUCAGCGAGGUCUGGCACUUUGUCUCCCUCCCAGGCAGGACGCUAUGAGGACUCACCCAGAGUAGAGGAUCGUCGUUCAGACCGAGAAGAGGCAGAGUAUUUGGAUGACUCUCCCCCAGAAUCUCCGGUAGAGUUGAAGGAGCAACUGCCUUCGUACUAUCCAGCCAUCAUGGGAUGUCGUUCAGUCGAUGAGUUUGAAUGCCUCAAUAGAAUUGAAGAAGGAACAUAUGGGGUGGUCUAUAGAGCCAGGGAAAAGGCCACGAACCAGAUAGUUGCCUUGAAAAGACUGAAAAUGGAGAAGGAGAAGGAGGGUUUCCCCAUCACGUCGCUGCGAGAGGUCAAUACGCUGUUGAAGGGCCAGCACGAGAACAUUGUGACUGUGCGAGAAAUUGUUGUGGGGAGCAACAUGGAUAAGAUUUAUAUUGUAAUGGAUUAUGUGGAACAUGACCUGAAGAGCUUGAUGGAGACAAUGCGUCUGAAGAAGCAGAUGUUUACUAUUGGAGAGGUCAAGACGCUCAUGAUACAGCUGUUAAGAGCUGUACAUCACCUACACGACAACUGGAUUCUGCACAGGGAUCUUAAAACUUCCAAUCUGCUGCUUUCACAUCGAGGAAUUCUAAAGGUGGGUGAUUUUGGGCUGGCCAGAGAGUAUGGAUCGCCACUCAAACACUACACACCUAUCGUUGUCACACUGUGGUACCGAGCACCCGAGUUGCUGUUAGGAUCCAAACAAUACUCUACGCAUAUCGAUGUGUGGUCUGUUGGAUGUAUUUUUGGAGAACUGCUAGGCAUGGAGCCCAUGUUUCCUGGCAAAUCAGAGAUUGAUCAACUGAACAAAAUUUUCAAGGACCUGGGAACGCCGAGUGAAAAGAUCUGGCCUGGGUACAGCCAGCUGCCCUUAGUGAAGAAGACUCAGUUUGCAGAUUAUCCAUACAAUCAUCUCCGUGAGAGGUUCAAGACAAGGCUGUCCGACCAAGGCUUCAACCUGCUCAAUAGAUUUCUGACCUACAACCCACCAAAGCGCAUUACCUGCCAGGAGGGGCUGUAUCAUGAGUACUUCGAUAAGGAGCCUCCUCUGCCCAUUGACCCUGCCAUGUUCCCCACCUGGCCAGCCAAGUCAGAGAACCCGCACGGCCGCUCCAAAAAGACAGGCAUCAGUCCCAAGCCCCCGUCAGGAGGGAAGAACUUCAAGGAUCUGGUUGAUGAAACUGAAGAACUUGCGGCCAGAGGAUUCUUCGUGGGUGGAGCGAAUUCCAGUGGGCCAGGGUUCGUGCUGAAGAUGUGAGGAGAAGACUUCGGCAGUUUAGAAAAGUCUACUGAAGGCUUCAGAUUUUGCCGGGAUUGUAAAUGGGUGGAAUAUUUUUAUUUCUUUUACCGAUAUUUUUUCCCCAUUUUGGUGGGAGAGGUGAAGUGUUGGGUUUGUUGAAUUUCAGUAAUGAAAUAAGGGUAUAGAUUUAAUUUUUUUUUUUUUUUUUGAGUGAAUUCAGCCGCAGUUUCUUGUUUAAUCUUGUAACAUAGAAAAGGUAUGCACUAUUUUUCUUCAUCAAUUAUAUUAGACUUUGGAAUAGUGAUACAAAACCUAAUGACAGGAAUUUUAAGACUCCUUGAAAUGUACAUUUUGAUUAGAUAUUUAUGGCAAAUCCGUGAAUGUCAUGUUUUUAUAUUUAGGUUUCUUUUUUAGCAGUAUGGAAUAUUAAUUGUUUUAAAUUAUUGAUAAUACAGGUGAGCAGAUUCUAGAUGGGUUUCCCUGAAAUACUGUGUAUUCUCCUAGGGAUUUUGUAUAUAAAACCUGAAUAAAGUAAUUUUUAUA